AUGGAGGAUAUAAUUGAUCAUUACUCCAUUCCCAUGAUGCCAAUAUUUUCAGCAAUGCCUAAUCAAUCUUUAGAGUCCUUUCAACAAUCUCAUUUCCAUUAUCCAAAUUCAAUAAAUAUAGAUCCCAUUGAUGUCGAGUUGUCAACAUACUCAGAUUACAAUGAUUUAGCCAAUAGGAAUGAAGCUUUUCCAUAUUGGACUUCAAAUGAACACUGGUUAUUUCUACAAGGACUCCGACUGUAUAAUAAAGGAGAAUUGAAGAAUAUUGCAAAACAUGCUGGUACAAGAACUUCAACUCAAGUUGCUAGUCAUGCUCAAAAAUACUUCAAUCGCAAAACUCUUACGCCCGAAAAGAGAAAAAGAAAAAGCAUCUAUGAUAUGACCUUAGAGGAAUAA